AUGAACGGGCCUCUGUUUUUGCACAGCGACCCUUGGCUUGAGCAACGCUAUGUUAUCCCUGAAGAAGGAACAUGUGAAGAAAAGAAAAAAGAAUCAACUGAACAUGUUCAUCUGACGCAGACAUCCGUUCAUUCACCCCUCAAGUUUUUGCUACUAGAUGCAACUCGAUUUUCAAAGUCGAUAAAGGUCGUUCGUUGUACGGCUUGUGUUUUACGAUUUUUCCACAACGUAGCCCGUGGUAAGCUUGAAAAACGACAUGGUGAAUUAGAUGUUGAAGAAAUCCAAGAAGCAGAGUACUAUUGGAUACGUUAUGUCCAAAGGAAUGGAUUCGAAUCAGAGUUAAGAGCCGUGAAGAGUAGGCAGCAAAUACCUCGUCAAAGUCCGACUAGAAGUUUAAACGCCGUUCUUGACGACAACG